AUGUCAACAAAGUCUGUGGUGUUCUCACAAUUUAGAAAGAUGUUGAUCUUGCUAGAAGAGCCACUCAAGGCUGCUGGUUUUGAAGUAGUGAGAUUGGACGAGCGCAUGAAGAGUACCAGAAAGAGGAAUAGGUUGGUAGAAGAAUUUGAAAACAUGAACUCAGCAAAUUCUCACAUUGUUCUUCUGGCAGAUCAUAAAGCUUCGAACGCGUGCAUAAAUCUUACAUUCGCAACAAGGGCAUACCUGCUGGAGCCAUGGUGUAACCCGAUUAUUGAAGAUCAAGCAAUAAAUCGGCUACAUCGGAUUGGACGUCAACAGGAAAUAAAGAUUACAAGGAUAAUAACUAAAAAUAGCAUCGAGGAGAGGAUAAUGCAAUUGCAUGAGUGGAAAAAGAAUUUAAGAAGUGGAGGUCAUGCAGAGAAUAUGGAUAAAAGGCAAAUUCACCGAGAAGAAUUUCGCAUUCUUAUGGCAUUGUGA